AAACCAAUCACAAAUCGAACAAAUUUCCAGCUAACCAAUCAGAAGCGGACCCAGAGAGACGCUGCAUCCAUCGGGAUCAAAUCGAAUGCACACACAGAGCAUCCUCCGCUGCGAGACGUCCCUCUGACAUACAGCAGCAUUCCAGAUGGGGCGCAGGAAGUCAAAGAGGAAACCACCUCCCAAGAAGAAGAUGACAGGUAACCUGGACAUCCAGUUCACCUGUCCGUUCUGUAACCACGAGAAGUCCUGCGAUGUCAAAAUGGAGCGAACCAGAAACACAGGAAUCAUAUCGUGCAGUGUUUGUCUGGAGGAGUUCCAGACGCCUAUAACCUAUCUGUCCGAGCCAGUGGAUGUUUACAGUGAUUGGAUCGAUGCCUGUGAAGCGGCCAAUCAAUAGUCAUGUUUUCCUGUGACUCACCUUCUCUCUAACCUCACUCACUCACAUCUCACCCCUUCGAUCUGUCCGCCCAAUCGAAGUUUCCUGUCCAGCUAGCACGAUGUAGCAAAACCUUCACAAACUUUAGAGGCAUUAUGUUUUUUUUUUACUGAAGGCGUGUGACGUGAUCCGCUUGAUUUCGCUUCAGUGUGGCUUGCUGAGCAUGACACAUUCCUCCGGCUGGGCCAGAGGGUUGACAUGUUGUUUUGUCUGCAUCACAGUUCUCGGUGUAAAACUUCUCAUAUGUCAGCAAUUAGCAUAUGACAAGUGUUUUGUUUGUUUUAGAGUAGAUCAUGAUGUUUUCUCUUUUUUGGAGUAAUGUGUCAUAUCAUGAAGUUUAACUUCUAAUCUGAUAUUUCCCCUAGUGUCAAACAUUGCAUGUUCUCAGUCUGUAUUUGUUGUGAUUUAUGGAUGGAAAAUAUGAUAAUUCUCUUUUGUUUAGUUGUAUUUAUUAGAUUGUAAUGACUAGAAUGUCUUUUUUGUGUUUUCAACCCCGUCUUUAAAGCACUGAAACAUUUUAUAGGUUGUUUUUGAACUGCCAAAUCUUUUCAAAACUUUUAGGCCAGUAUAUAUAUAUUUGUACUGUUAGAUUUUUAUGAUUUUCCUUUUUUAAAAUCACAAUCGUUUCAUUUCUAUGACACUACUUCUGUGUAUUUUUUUUUUUUUUUUUUUGGUAUUGAGAGUAACGAGAGAAUUCAAUCUGAACCGUAUUUUUCAGGUGUUUUUUAUUGCACAAAUGUCAUGUUUAGUGAAAGGCAUAUUUAAAAAAAAAAAAAUCAAAAAAAAA